AGAAAACAAUAGAACAAGGUAGCUCAAGUAUAAAUUAAGACAUGCAAACCAUUCCUUUUUUAUUGAAAGAAACAUGACAAAACAAAUAAUGUCUUCUUCAAACUUGUUAUUUUUCUCUAUAACUCUACUUAUCAUCACACUCUCCCCGAUACCAAAUUUCACUUCUGCUUCUUUGGAGGAAGCCGAUGCUCUUCUUAAAUGGAAAGCAAGCCUUGAAAUCCCAAAAAAAUCCUUGCUCUCUUCAAGGAUUCCCAUCCUUUUGAAUUCCAGUGCAUCGGUUCCAUGCACUUAUUGGUUUGGAGUAGUUUGCAAUGCUGAUGGGAGCAUUCAGAGGCUAAACCUCACAUCAUCUGGAUUAAAGGUUGAACUUGGGAAUCUGAAGUCUCUCACUGAUCUUCAAUUGAGCGUCAAUCAACUUAAUGGUUCUAUUCCUUCAUCAUUGGGUCAUUUGACAUCUUUGAAUUUCCUUUAUUUGUUUCAAAAUCAACUCUUUGGUCCCAUUCAUGUAGAACUUGGGAAUUUGAAGUCUCUCACCCAUCUUGCUGUGAGUGAGAAUCAACUUAAUGGCUCUAUUCCUUCAUCAUUGGGUGAUUUGACAUCUUUGAAUGUCCUUUAUUUGCACUAG